AACUUCACUAGGGAUGUCCAUGGUGAGCUGUAACUAUUUUGAGUCUACUCGCUGGUUCGUUGUCAUAUCUGAUUAGGCUGUUGUGUCUUCCCGUCAGAACCUAGUCGAAGCAAUCGUUACAGCAAGAGAAGGAACUUGAAGUUCAUACCAGCCACUGGAGGCCGAACCGAAAUUAUAACAUAGAAGAACUUCUGGCUACUCGGAACCGUGAUUAUCGUCGCCAUAUUUUGACCUGGGCUCUUACGAUACGUCUGCAUGUGGUUGAAGUCAUGCAGCCCUCACUUGUCUUCAAGACACUCCUUUCCUUUAUUGUUAUUGCGGCAGCAUAUCCCACACCAUCGGUGAUGGAACUUUCUUCUUUGGCUAAGCGUGAGGGGCUUGGCUCUAACCUCGUUGGUUAUUUGGACGCUAGGUCCCCCAACGAUGUUAAUCAACCUAGCAUGCCCGGCGGCCCUCCCAAUAGCGACAUCGACUACUUGAACACUCGGGCCCCCGAUGAUAGUCGCUCCAGCAUUCCUUCCAACACUCCUUCCACCGACCCUUCCACCACUUCUGGUGAUUCUAACGACCCCAAUCACACCAGUCAUUCCAGCAACACUGCUAAUAGCAACGCUGAGUACUUGAGCGUUCGGGCUCCUGACGACAAUACUAGUCACUCCAGCAAUUCUGCCAGUAGUGACGCUGACUAUUUGAGCGUUCGGGCCCCCGACGUUAGCAACACCAGCAACCCUUCUAACACUUCUAAUAGCAACGGCGAUCAGAGCGAUGGCGACUAGGAUUGGAUCGUGGAGUAACCAUAGAGGACAAAAGAGGGUUCGUGAUGAUACAACGUGGUCGGCAUCACGGUUUAUCUGUUCUAUAUAUCUAUUUUAUAUCCACAAUACCCAUUUCUACUCACAUCACUCUACCUUUCUACUCCCAGUACGAUAUUGGUUCCACUCAGUCUUUCAAACUAAGUCUGAGGGGAGCAUAUUUACUACCAUGUC